CUGUGUUCAAUUGUGAUACGAUAUGAUGUAACUAACAUGGCAUUUUGUUUUCAUGUGAUAUGAAAACCAUAAAACAGUAAAUGGUAUUACAGAGAGAAUCCCUGCAGACAUGACAUGUGAAUACACCACUGCUAUUUUCAAAUACAUACCUGUCGAAAACACUAUAAAAAUACAAAGAGAAAUAGUGCUUUAAACUGUUUUUGCUAUCUUAGAAAAUACCUCAAAGUCUAUUGAGCACUACUAAAAACUAUUGAACAUUUCUGCCAUUAGUGCCCAGGCAGAAUAUGAAUAGAAACAGUUCAUUUAACUUCUAUUGACCUUUUGUGACCCCUCCAAUAAUGUAAAAUUUCAGAUACAUUCAAAUAAAACAGUAAAACAAAACAAAUCAUGAACAGACACAAAUGUAGAAUUUUUAGAAACUUGUCAUUUCAGUUAUCAUUUUGUCAGUGUAGUAAUACUGUGUUCACUUCUUACCCAAAAGAUAUGACAAAAUAAAAUGCUGUUGGCAUUAUUUUAAAUAAUAAUAAUAAUAAUAAUAAUAAACAAAAAACAAAUAUACAAAUAUAAUCGAAUGCAAACCACUGUUACAUUUUUGGACUCCAGACCUUAUAGUUACUGAUAAAUGGAACUUCCACUUGUGACAACUUGCCCCAGUCUCUCUAAUGCAAUGCAUAAAACACAUCAUCUGUGUGUGACAUGAUCUUCACGAGCCCACAUUAUCACACUGUCAUAUGAAGCCUCCUACCCCUUUCGACGAGGACAUCAUCUCAUCACGCUAACAGCUGAAGCAGAGAGGUGAAGGAGCAGAAGUCUGCUUCACAGUCAGUCAGUCAGUCAGUCAGUCACACGCUGUGGCGCGCAACCGUGCGCUCGGUCACUCACUUCGCUCUCCGUGCGCGCAGAGGCAGCAGCAGCAGCAACAGCAGAAGCACAGCACAGCACACGCGCGUAAUAUAACUGAUGGAGCAGAUAGACGACGACCUGCUCGGCAGCUGCAGCGGAAUAACGAGCGAGAGCGAGCGAGACCACCAUGAGCCUGGAGGAACCGCGCGCUCUGCCAUGCUGAGCAUCUCCCUCGCGCUCCUGCUGGCUCUGACCGCUCCCGUCCGCUGCGCCCACAGCUGGAGCGACGAGGACCUCCUGCUGCCGCCCAUCAACUCCUCCGGGAGACUCCUGGCCAGCCUGGAGGUGGAUGUGGGCUACUCCAAGAGAUCCGUGGAGGAGCCCGAAGCCUCCUCGCAGUGCAACGUGAGCGUGGAGAGGCUCCCCACCAAACUCGUGGCGCGCUGGGACAGCAACUUCGGCUUCCAGUGCGACGUGCUCAUGUACACCACCAACAACCACGGCAAGGCGUUCUUCUCCGCCGCCUUCAACCGGGCCAUCUCGCCGGUCUACAUCGAGCACCUGGGCGUCACGGGCGGCCAGCAGGAGUUCAGACUGUGCGUGGGAUGCGGUCUGUCCCGGUACCGGAGAUUCAGGCGGGGCAGGUCAGAGGGUCAGCAGACGGGCGACUCGGUGCACUUCUGCUGCGUGGAUUUCGCUCUGGACGAGCUGAAGGGCGACCGGAGCUGGAGGCUCAACCGCAAGCCCAUCGAGUCCACUCUGGUGGCGUGCUUCAUGACUUUAGUCAUCAUAAUAUGGAGCGUCGCUGCCCUCAUAUGGCCAGUUCCCAUUAUCGCGGGAUUUCUGCCCAAUGGAAUGGAGCAGAGACGGCAGAGGUAAUAGAACAGUGCAGGACAGAGCUCAAAUUAGCACCUAUAGGCUAAUAUAGGAUCCUAAAUUAGUUGACUUGCCAAACAUCCUAUGCGUAGUGGCAAACGUGUCAUACAUUUUUGUCUUAAACCGUGCUAUUCUUGUGUUUGAAACUGCAAUUAUAGCUGCAUCUCCCGGAGGAUGGAGGUAUUUUAUUAGAUUUCAUUUGUUUUUAUAAAUUGAUUGUAAUAGAAAAACAUGAUAUGUGAUAUUCAGAAGUUAUUCCAAAUGUUUGUAAUGUUUUUAUCUUUUAUCGAUUUCUAGUGUUUAUUUAAAAAUACGGACAAAAAGCUCUUUUAGGACGUGCGCAUAAAGACAAGUUGGCUGGAACAUUUAUACGAAAACACUUGCAGACAUAUUCCAAUGGUUUUCAGAUGUUUGGGGACAGAUUUCUUGUGUUUGUAUUUGUUUGUAUAAAUAAUAGAACGUGAUUAGACGUUUCUUUAAUGUGGAAAAGUCAAUUAUAGCUUGAGAGACAACUUGACAGGCAAUCCAUUUGAAAAAAGUGGACAUUUGUACAAGGUUUAUACUUUAUAGGUCUGUCAUAACUGUUAUUUGUAGUAUGAAUAAAUGCAUAAAAUAUUCCUUUGUGGAGGUUUUGUAGCAGAAGAGGCAGAUUCACUCUCUCUGUUAGCAUUUCACAUUAAGUAGGCCUAUACAAAAUCCACAAUAAAAAGUAAUAGCAGAAGUCAGCAAACAUUGGGGUCCGUGCACCAAUGGCAAGAUUGCCAUGUACUUUAUUAAAUGCUUGAAAAGUCAUAUUGUAAUUUUGAUGAAAAGGCAUACAAAAAUACAUGGUAGUUAAAAGAGCUAAAAGAAAAAGAACAAAAACAUUGGGAUAAAUAGAAGCCUUGAGCAUUAUAUAGAAUGUACGCUUCCUUACAUCAGAAUACAGGUUGAUUGAAAUGACCAGAAAAAAGUGUCCCAAUCAACCUGAAUUCAUGCCAAACUUCUGAAAUUUGGCCAGCGGUGGUC